AUGGUCACCUCCAGGCUCUUCACCCUCGUCCUGGUGGUGCAGCCACCCCGCGUCCUCCUGGGCAUGAAGAAACGUGGGUUUGGAGCCGGGCUCUGGAAUGGCUUUGGGGGGAAGGUGCAGCCAGGGGAGAGCAUCGAGGAGGCUGCUCGCAGGGAGCUCCUGGAGGAGAGCGGACUGACAGUGGACACCCUGCAGAAGAUGGGUCAGAUCACUUUUGAAUUUGUAGGCAACUCUGAACUCAUGGAUGUUCACAUUUUCCGGGCAGAUGAUUUCCAUGGAGAGCCAACAGAAAGUGAUGAAAUGCGCCCACAGUGGUUCCAGCUGGACGAGGUGCCAUUCAAUUGCAUGUGGGCAGAUGAUGCCUACUGGUUCCCCCUGGUGCUUCAAAAAAAGUUGUUUCGUGGCUAUUUUAAGUUCCAGGGACAAGACACCAUCCUGGAGCACACCCUGGAAGAAGUGAAGGAAGUUUAAGAAAACGGAAGCAUUCGACCCAC